GACUCCGAUCUUGGAAAAGGCCGCGCGGAGAAUCUCCUGGCUAGUCCACGACGGACUGACCGGAGCCCAGCUCACACUUAGCUGGUUUUCCCGGAGAAUCCAGCCUCUACGCUACAACGCGCGCCUGAUGUGCGCUUAUACUGGGGCGGAUGAUCUUCUCCGGGUUACCCGCCACGAUCUUCCGGCCGACUCUCUGAAGAGAAGGUUCAAGACGCUGGUGAAGAUUCCGAGGGGCCAACAGGUCCCGGAACUGUUCAAGGAUAUUUACACGAACGAUCAGUGUCCUCCGCUCAACACUUUGGCGGAGGAAAACUUCCGCACCAUCAUUCGCGUCCCCGUCACCGGCGACACGGCGGAGGAGGCUCCGGAAGACGACGAGGAGGAAGAGGACCAGGCACCCCGCAAGGCGGCCCCUCGACCUACAAAGCGUCCCCGCGCCAAGGCUCCCGGCUCUGAAGCCGGAGCUAGCGGCGAGGCCUCCGCCAAGAAGCCAAAGACGACGAAACCACCUCCGCUUGACUCAAGGAAGGCGGAGCGUGCACGUCUGCGGAUGCUCUCGACGGCUGGCCAGGGCACACGCCCCAUCAUUCCCGGUGCCCCGAAUCCGAAAACCGCUGCCACGCGGACCACCAGCCAGGAGCCCAUCACGAAGUACAUGAAGAAAUCUCCGGCUGUUGGUCCCUCUACUCCAGUUCCACCCAGCGCUUCCCACCCAACUCCUCAACCGUCGCCUCCUCAGGCUGACCCAUCUCCCCCGCCUGCCGCAAACACUCCACCGGAGAUAAUUCCGGUUAGCAGCGGGCACCUGGAGGAAGAAGAUCCCAAGGCCAAAAGCCCUGCCCAAGAAGAGGCGGAAACACAAGGCCAAGGAGAUGCGGAAGUCACUUCCGAGAAGGCUGGAGAGGGCGCUGGCGACAUAGUCGUUUUUCCGAAGAACUUCGGAGAUCCGGCGGACACCACUUCCACCCCCAAGGCGUAUGCCACCAAGUUUUUUAACAAGCUGACUGAGGCGGAGAAGUGGGAACUUGAACAAGACCUGCUCAACGCCAUGCUGAACAACGCCUGGGGGAAGCCGGAUUCCAGGACAUCGGAGAUUCAGGACUUCAAGAAAAACAUUGGCCAGUUCUGCGAUCAACUUAUCUGCAAGCAAAAGGAACAGCAGGCGCUGCACUACGAGCUGCACAAGAACAUUGCCCUGCAGCGCCGCGUUACUCUGAGUCAGGCGGAAAAUAUCCGGACCCUGAAGGAUGAGAAUGCGGAACUGGCUAAACAACUGGCAGACGCCCAAGGCGCAUCCUCCUCCCUUGCAACAGCUUCGACUGAACUUGAGAACCUGCGCUCCUUGUACCAAGAAUUGGAGACGAAGCUAAAGGAGGCGGAACUUAAGAGGGAGCAGGCCGAAAAGCAGCUGGCGGAGAAAAACUCCGAGCAUAUCAGGGAGAAGGGCGAGCUGGAGCUGAAAAAGAAUGCUGACAGCGAGACCAUCAGGAGGCAGCAAAAGGAGCUCAACGGACUCCGGAAAUUCAUGGAGACAGCGGAGCAGCACUGGGACUUGCUCAAUGAGAACAUCUUGGAGCCGCUUGGGUACCCGGAACAGCGCCGGAAUUUGUUCCCACGAGACGAUCUUCUGCAACUCGCGGGUGAUGACUGCAAGGAUCUCAUCUCCGCCUCCCGCAAAAUAUGCCAUAAUUUGAACAUCAAAAGGAGCCGCACUUGUGACGUGCGCAAGCUUAUUGGUAAGAUGGACGUUCUGCCGGAGCUGGUGAUUGAUCUACAAGCAUCUUCAGCCCGAGGCGCAGCUGCAAUGGCCUUGACCAUGUGCCUAGCACAUACUCCGGGUCUUGAUCUUGAUGAAGUGACCACGGGCGUUCCUCCGGAUGCGGACGUCGGCGAGCUGCUGGAUGCGGCCACAACUCGUGCCUCCGCUCCUGAUUCAGCUCCACCAUAA